AUGAAUAAGUAUAAUUUUUUUACGAAAGUAAGAUUCUUUUCCUCACUGACUAAGAUUAACAAUGUUAAAGACUACCAAGAUAAGAUAAUUGAAUGCAUAGAGAAAGUAAAGAUAGAAAAUCCACUGGUGCAUUGUAUAACUAAUAGAGUAACUACAGAAAAGAUAGCAAAUAGUUUGCUAGCAUUUGGUGCGUCUCCUGCUAUGAUAGACAACCCAAAAGAAGUAGAUGAGUUUUCACAAAUAGCCUCUUGUACGUACUUUAACUUAGGUUUACACACAAGUCAAGUAGAUAAUAUAAACGUAUUAGAAAAAUUAAGGAAAGAAAAGAUGAAGGAAAAUUUUAUUUUAAUAAUCGAUCCAAUAGCCGUUGGUGCAACACAGUACAGAACGAAUAUCAUCAAUGAGGUUAUUACCAAAUGCAAACCAAAUGUCAUUAAAGGAAAUAUUGCUGAAAUAUUUUACUUAGACAAAGGAGAAUUUUUUGGAAAAGGAGUAGAUAGUAACAAUAAUACAACGUAUAACGAAUUAGAAAUAAUUAAUAGUGCAAGAAAUGUAGCUUUAAAAUAUAAUUGUACUGUUGUUGUUACAUCCAAAUCUGAUAUAAUUGUUAGUUCAUGUUCAAAAUAUAUAACUAAAAUUAAUUGUGAUUUAAAAAUUCUGACAAAAAUUACCGGUUCAGGUUGUUCAGUUGGUGCUCUUUGUGCUGCUGCAACUUCUGUUUUACCUAAUAAUCCAUUCAUAGCAUGUACAACAGCAACCCUAAUUUAUAAACUAGCCUCUUUUAAAGCAUACAAGAAAGAAACUAACCCUGGUUCGUUGAGUUGUAAAAUUAUAGAUGAUAUUUAUUUUUAUUCGAAUAAUCCGCAUUUUUUAAAUUUUCAAAUAAUGGAUAUUUAUAAGGAAACUUAA